UACACUAAAUUUUAUUUAAAAAGGGAGCUAAAUAAUUUUUUUUCUUCUAAUAUUCCAGUUUUUAUAAUAAAGGAUUAAAUUUCUAAAUUACUUAGUGAAAAUGCCAAACCGACCCAAAGUUAUAAAAUAUGUUCUAAAUGCAAUCGUCGAAUUGGGUGAUAAGAAUGGUUCACCAUUAACAAGUAUUAUUGACCUAGUAAGGACAAAUAUUGCAAUUGAUGAUGUAAAACCAAGACCGCAUAAUAUUGCUUUACAUACACGGCGUGCAUUACAAAUGGCUAUUGAAGAAGGUCUUGUUGUGGAACCAAUACGUGGUCGAUAUAAACUUGUUGUAGAUGAGGAGGAUACAUUUAUACCAAGGAUUCGUCCAACAAUAUGUAAAAAUCAAUGCCAAAAAACAACACCCUCAUCGAAACCGAAUGAUAAUUUGGAUAACCAUGAUAAUCCUAAUCUUGAUAAUACAAAAGUGGAUGGUAUAGUGUAUUGCUCGUCAUGUGGGGGUAAAAGACGUAAUAAAUGCACGAGAGCUAAACCAGAUAAAUGUGGUGGUAAGCGAUGUAAACGAUCAAAAUGCUCAAAAUGCUGCAAAAGCAAAAGACGCUGUGGUGAAAAUCGAGGCGGAUGUUCUGAGUGUAGACCUCCACCUAUUCCUCGAACACCUUGUACUCCACCAACACCAAGACAACCAUGCCCACCUAGUCCGCCAUGCCCACCGAAAACACCUUGUGAUUAUUUUGAGAAUGAGGGUUUUGAUUGUCAAGCAGAAAAUCCUUUACAAGAUGAUCGCAAUGAUCAAAAAUCGCAAACACCUCGACCUAUAAAUAAUAGAAAUUGUCGUCGAAGUAUUGAUGCAUUACCUCCUGAGAAUGAAAAUGAAUUGUGUCGUGGAGAAAAAAUUUUACAACUAGAUUCUGAUGGGAAAGAGCUCACAAUUGAAAAAUUGUAUUUUGGUCCUGGAUCUCUUGAUCAAUGUCCAUUAAUAAAUCCACAUGAACCUGCAGAACAAAUGGAUUCUGCUGAUCCUACAGACGGGAGUAACAACAAGAAAACACAAGAUUUAAUGAAUGAAUAUAUAAUUUAA